AUGUUCUUAGACAGUAAAAAGAGCUCCGUUUCAGGAAUGGACUUGCCCAUUCAAAGACGAUUGCGUAACAGCUUCAAAUACCGUCUUGGUCAGGUCUGUCACCGUCCCAAACUAAACAGACUCUUCAGGUACCGAGCUGCCAAAUCACACUCGUCGGCAUCAGCCUACAAGUGUACGGUCAAUCUCAAUGCCUCAACACUCCAGCACAAGAGUGGAAAUCCGCUUAAAAGACAAAACUUAACCAAUUCUUUUCUUUCGAGAGGCUACAUGAAAAAAAUGGAAGAACUCCAUCAGCUGCGCGGCCUGUAUAGAGACGAGAAGGCAAGUAAGACGCUCGCACCGAUAAUUGGGUAUCUUCCUGGCCAAUGA